AUGGAUCCAUGCGAAGAUUUCUACGAGUAUGCAUGUGGCAAUUGGGCUAAAUAUAAUCCGCUUCCUGUUAACGAAACACGAUGGAAUAUGUUAAUUAAAAGUCAGAAGGAAGUUGAAGAACGUCUCGAAGGUUUGCUCGUGAAAUAGAAAGAACUGGUCUGCAGCCGCUCAUAUCCACGAUGUGGAGAGCAGGUGGAUGGCCAUUAAUAAUGGAGGAAGAUGAAUGGGAUCAGAAAAUAUACAAAUGGCAAAAUGUGGACGAUUACUACGCUCGUUUGACAGGAUUAAAUAGUUUCCACGAUGUGCACGUUUCUACGAACUAUUCGAUUCAUAAAGGGCUACAUCUGUUUGUAAGUACAUAUAAUCUGCGAGACAUUAUUUCUAUAAAGUUACAAAGUGUGAUGGAGACAACGAUAGCGAAGAAGGAAGUGAAAAGGACGACCACGAAGAUGAAUUGAAAAUACGAAAGAGGGAUAUCGAUGAGAGAGAAAUUAAUAAUCGUAGAAUUCGCAAGAAAAGAAUAAGUAAUACGAUCGAGAGAACGACGAAGAGACAUGUCGAUGAGAAAACGUUAAAAAGAUCAACGAAAAGGGCUAUAAUCCACAAUAAGAAAUAUCACGUGCAAAGAAGAAUUGUUAAUCGAGUGAUAAAUCCUGCGACAGGAAAGAAUGCUGAGAAACACAAGUCAAGACACAAGUUAGCACGCAAAUCUGAUAGCAUUGAAAAAUCGGAAGAAUAUCCGGGUAACUGGAAUAAUCAUAAAAGAAUGGAGGAUACCAACAACGAUUUAUAUUUCGACGAAAACGCGGAUCAAGGGGGGAACAAUAGCGGCGACAGGAACGAUGAAAACGACCGAGAGAAUGAUAGCAAUUAUAACGAACACGGUAGCGGCAGCGGUGAUUAUUAUGAAUGGAACGAUGAAGAUGGUAGUGGUAGCGGUGACUAUGAAUGGGAUAAUGAAGGUGGUAGCGGCAGUGACGACGACGAUAGCGAGAAAAGCGACGAAGUCUGGAAAACAGAAGAAGAAGAAGAAGAAGAAGAGAUGAAAAGAACGAGAAAAACGUACGCAGAGUAUAUAAUAAAUUACAUUUUCGAGUACGGCGAGGAAUUAAAUGGCAAGCUUGAAACGCUCCAAAAGAGAUACAAUACCUUGGACCCUCGGACGGGAAACGGGAAUGUAAGAGAAAUUAUUCAAUUGAAAGAGAGGAUAAUCGAAAUUUCUGUUGAACGAGUGUACGAUGAAUUUUUCCAGAUUAAUUGGAUAACGAAAGUGAAAGACGUGUUUGCUGCUGGAGGUAUGGAAAUUACUGACGACCACGUAUUCAUCUCAUCCUAUGGUUACAUCGAAGCGUUGAGCAAGUUAUUAGACAGAACUCCAAGUAGAAUAAUUGAGCAAAACAGUGUAUCGCUGAUAUAAACGCAAAUUACAUUUUAGGAUACGAAUAUGUGAAACGAUAUUUAUCAGAGAAAGUUUUACGAGCGGUAAAAAAAAUAUUACAAUACAAUGCACCGAUAUAA